UUCAGCUUUGGUUUAUUUUGAUUUCAUUUAGGGUUGCAUGUUGAAUUAGUAAAAUUCAUCUAAUUCUUUCCCUUCACAGAGUACCUCGUGUGGCAGGAGGUGUUCCUGCUGACGAAUAUUGAUCAAUUUCAUCAUGGAGCUAAGGUCCCUCUUAAGAAAGGUAACAUGUUGGGCGAUCUCUCUUCCCUGAAGCUCUCUCUGCCGUGGAUAAGAUGAUGAAGGAAAUUUCCAUGAAUUUACAUUCAUCAGACAUCAUGAGUGGUCGUUACGUGCUUCGGUCAAUGUCUCGCCAAACUAACAGAAUUAUCCCGGGUUCGAGGAUGACAUCGACGGAAGUUGGAGCUCUGCAAGUUCAUCACGACGAAAACAAUAUGGAAUUUUACAUAAAAUUAGGAAAAGAGAGAGCGUUUCUUCAGUAUGAUGUCUUGAAUCCAGUAACAGGAGCAGUUGAUCUGCAACACACUGUCGUUCCAGAAGUUUUCCAAGGACAAGGGAUUGCUAAAGUUCUUGCUAAGACUGCCAUGGAUCAUUUUUCAACACAGAACAAGCAAAUGAAAUUGACAUGUUGGUAUCUUAAGAAAUAUUACAAUGAGAACCCAAGCCAUCUUUAUGAAGACAGAGUAAUUGAUAAUUAAUGUUCAUUGACACUUCAGUAAGUUUAUUUCCGUAUGUCUUUUCAAAUCUGUGAUCAUAUGCAGCUGUAUGUAAUUUUUUUAGUUUCUUCAUUAUUGUAUUUUCAGAAUAUACAAAAUCCUUUCUUAUUGA